AUGUCGAGGAUAGACAAGCUCUCCAUCUCCGGCGUCCGGUCCUUCAGCCCGGCUGUUCGGGAGGCCAUUCAGUUCAAUACCCCGUUGACGCUCAUUGUUGGCUACAACGGAUCCGGAAAGACAACAAUCAUUGAAUGCCUGAAAUAUGCAACUACGGGCGAACUGCCCCCCAACAGCAAGGGCGGUGCCUUUAUUCACGACCCAAAGCUCGCUGGAGAAAAAGAAGUCUUGGCCCAGGUCAAACUGCAAUUCCGCUCCAUCAACGAUCGACAGCAUGUGGCAACUCGAAGCAUACAGCUCACCGCGAAGAAGAACACCCGCACUCAAAAGACGCUUGAUUGCUCAUUAGUCGUCGUCAAUAAUGGAGAGCGAACAACGACAUCAACUAGACAGGCGCAGCUUGACGAGAUGAUUCCUGAGCGGCUCGGCGUUUCCCCAGCUAUUCUCGACGCCGUAAUAUUCUGUCACCAAGACGAGUCCCUUUGGCCGUUGAGCGAACCUGGAGCCUUGAAGAAGCGUUUUGAUGAAAUUUUUGAGGCUUUGAAAUACACAAAGGUCAUUGAAAAUUUAAAGAUGGUCCGGAAAAAGCAGUUGGAGGAGCUUUCGGGGUUCCAAAAGGAUGAGGCGCACAACAAGGUCAUGAAAGACAAGGGUGAACGGGCCGAAAGGCAUAUGACUGCGCUGUCGGCAGAAAUCGACGCAGCUCGCACGGAGUGCGAAUCGAUUACAAAACAGAUGGAGGAAUCCCAGGUGAAGCUACGCCAAAAACACGAGCAAGCCAAUAGUUUCCUCCAAAUCGUGCAGAAUCUCAACAACAAACGGGAGCAGCUUGAAUAUAGGCAGGACGCCGUUGACGAGCUCAGACAGACAAUUGAUGAAUUGAAUGAGGACGAUGCGACCCUCGAGCGCUUCUUGGUGCAAUAUGAAGAGAGCAUGGGUCGCUACCAGCAAGAAGCCGAGCAGAACAAGGCUCAAUACGCUGAGCUCCAAAGUGAGCUGACCAAGCAUCGCCAAACCCAGUCGGCAAAGUUGGCCGAGCAAGGGAAACACCAAUCAGACAAAGACAAGUAUGAGCGCCAGCUGAAAGCAAGAGUGGAAUUGAUUCAAGAAGCCGCACGACAAUACAGCCUGAGAGGGUUUGACGAGGACCUAAAUGAUCAACACAUACAAUCUUUCCAAGACAAGAUUCAGAGGCUCUUGACAGAAAAGAAGAGGGAUCUGGAACGACUACAGAAAGAGAACGCUGCGGAAUUGGACAAGGCUACAGGCGUCAUUACGGAGCUUGAGGGUCGCAAAGCGGCCAGGACGCAAGAUCGAAUUUCUGCAAAACAGCGGAUGGGAGCCGUUGAAAAACGUACUAGUGUCCUGCAAAACGAGGCCGGGAGCAUUGAUGUCGAUGAGGGAGCCAAGGCCCUCUUGGAUGGACAGCUUGAAGAACUUGAGUCUAGGCUCAAGCAUGUCCAACAGGAAAUGGAUAAGUCCAACUGGGAUCAACAGUUGUCCGAGGCCAACGACAAACAGUGGCAACUAGAAAGCGAAAAUGAGAAGCUGGGUCGCGAGCUGGUCGAAUGCACGAGACUGGCAUCAGAGCGAGCACAGCUUGAGCUCCGCAAGAAAGAGAUGGCAGAUCGGAAAAGAAAGCUUGAAACACUGACUGAGACUUGGAAACCCAAGCUCGAUAAUGUCCUUGGGUCCGAUUGGGAGCCAGCAUCACUGGACUCCCGCUUCCAGUCCGUCCAGGGACGUCGAAGCAAAGCCCUUCAAGAUGCACAAAAACUCCGAGAUCAGACGAGGCAGAAGCAGCAAAAGGUGGAGUACAAGCUCAAAAAUGCAAAAGAAAUGCAUGAGAAAAAGACUCGGGAGAUGACCCGGAGCAAACAAGAAGUUGUUGAUGCCCUGCAAAACGUCCGCGACAGUGCUGUUGUGGAAGACUAUGUGGAAGAAGUUGCUGCUGUUGAACAGCAAGUUGAAGAGCUCCGGACUGAUCUUAGCCUCUUUGACGCUCUCUUUGACUAUUACAACAAGUGCAAGCGUAUGCUGGACACUCAGAAGAGAUGUAGGCUUUGCGACCGUCAUUUCGAUGAUAGCCAAAGCGCAGCUCUCGAUCGCCUUAGCAAGAAGAUUGAUAAGCACUUGGACCCGAAAGGCAAAGUCGAUACGGAAAAGGACCUGAAAGAGGCUGUGGACAAUUUGGAGUCGUUACGUGCGGUUCGCUCAGCGUUCGACACGUAUGAACGGCUUUCUGCGGAGCUGCCUGCCCUCCAGAGCGAGUGGAAAAUUGCAGAAGGAGAAUUUGAAUCUCUGGAAAAACAGCUUGAGGAAGAAGACGCUCUUGUUGUUGCAGAGGAAGAGAAGCUGAGAGAUCUUGGAGAUCUAGCCAAAACAGUCACCAACAUCUCCCAAACUAUCAAAGAAAUCAAAGAUGCCGAGGCUCAGGUGGAACGCAUCGUUUCUCAACAAUCAUCCAGCGGGGUUUCUCGUAGCGUCGACGAGAUUCAUGAGCUUCAGUCAAACCUAUCUGAGCAGCUCAGAGGCCUCAAGAAUAAAGUCUCCAAGCUCACGUCUGAUAGACAGCGGAUGAAGGAUCAAAUCAAUUCGCUCGAGCUUGAGAAGAGUGAGCUGCGAAACAAGGUUGGUCGCACCGCAGGGCAGCUCGAGAAGAAGAAAGAUCUUCAAAACCAGAUCCAGAAUCUCAAGGAAGAUUACACCCACCAGCGCGAAGUGAUUCAACGAACUGAUGAAGAGCUGGAAAAGAUCGAGCCGGGCAUUGUGGAGGCACGGUCGGCUCGCGAUGAAACGCUUCGUUUGGGUCGAUCCAAGGAGCAAGUCAUUACCGACCAGCGUGAUGCCAUCAUGAACUCGAUGAGCGAAAUUAAGAUGAUGGAUAGUGAUAUCCAAGACUAUCUUGACCGUGGUGGCCUGACCAACCUUGCGUCCAACCAACGGGCCAUUGCUUCUCUCGAGACAGCCAUCAGCACCACGGAGAAGGAGAUUGCUGAUCUUACCGUGCGGACGAACAAGCUCAAGCAAGACAUUGAAAGCGGGGACCGUAGAAAGAAGAAUAUUAGCGACAAUAUCAACUAUCGCAAGCAUUUGCGAACGCUCGACGUUCUACGGACGGAGAUUGCAGAACUAGAGGAUCGUAAUGCUCACGAGGACUACGAACGCCUCCAAGCAGAAGCUCGCUCACUAGAGGAUGCGUCCAGCCGGCUGUUGGUCGAGCGUGGAUCUAUUAUGGGAGCAAUGAAGUCAAAGGAUGAGGAGCUUGGUCGUCUCCUGAAAGAAUGGGAGCUUGAUUACGAGAACGCCAAGCAAAAGUAUCGUGAAUCCCAUAUCCGAGUCGAAACCACCAAGGCUGCGAUCCAAGACCUGGUUCAGUGCACUGCUACCGUCGACAAGGCGGUGAUGCAAUUCCACGCCAUGAAGAUGGCAGAGGUCAACCGCAUCGCCAGCGAACUCUGGCAGACGACCUAUCAGGGUACCGACAUUGAUACCAUCCUCAUCCGCUCCGACCACGAAAGCAACACCACCGGCAAGCGCACCUACAACUACCGCCUCUGCAUGGUCAAGCAGGACACCGAGAUGGACAUGCGCGGCCGCUGCUCGGCCGGCCAAAAGGUACUUGCCAGCAUCGUCAUCCGCCUGGCCCUGGCGGAGUCGUUUGGCGUCAACUGCGGGCUCAUUGCCCUGGACGAGCCGACGACGAACCUCGACAGGGACAACAUCAAGUCCCUGGCCGAGAGCCUGCAUCGCAUCAUCCAAACGAGGCAGCAGCAGAGCAACUUUCAGCUCAUUGUGAUUACGCACGAUGAGGAGUUUUUGAGGCACAUGCGGUGCAGCGACUUUUGCGAUAGCUUUUUCAGGGUCAAGAGAGACGAGAAGCAGAAUAGCGUGAUUUCGAGGGAGAGCAUUACCAAGAUCUUUUGA